AAAUGACAGACUCUGCACGCUGGAAAGCCACCGUCUACGUCGGCGGCCUCUCGCCCCUCGUCACCCAAACCCACGUCCUCGACGCCUUCAUCCCCUUUGGCGACAUCGUCGAGGUGCAGCUCCCCAGGUCGGACGCCCCCAACAACUCCCAGGACCCCCACAAGGGCUUCGCGUACGUCGAGUACGAGGACAGCGCGGACGCCAAGGAGGCCAUUGACAACAUGGACCAGUCCGAGUUCUUUGGCAGGGUGAUCAAGGUGUCGCAGGCGAGGGCGCCCAAGAGUGCGGAUGAGGGGCUGGGAAGCAAAAAGGCGAUUUGGGAGCAGGAGAGCUGGCUUGCUGAGCAUGCGGCGGAGGAUGACGUCGCGAAUCAGGCAAAGCUGGAGGAACCAGCGUCAGAUCCUAUGCAAGGUCUCGAGGGGCUGGAUGUUGCGGGGCCCAAGCCGGAGUAGAGCUCGGGAAAGAGGGAAGCUGUAGAUGUGGACAGGAUAUGGGUUUUCUUUUCUUUCUGCAUAGCGACGGUGUUUGGAGGGGGACCAUGUCAUGGCAUACUAGAUUCUAACCGAGGUUUUGGAACAACAUGCAAGCUGUGUUUCUCAUCGACACUCCGCCCUAAUGCUUCUCAACAUAUACAUUACUGAAUUUCCCCCAUCCUUGUCCCACCCAAGACGUUGCUCCUCGUCGCAAAGAGAGAAAAAUAAAACUCGGACAGCUUAGUGCUCUCCGUGCUCGGUGUGGCUCUGGGCGGCGCGGGCAGCGGCACCCUGUCGGGACAGUCGCAGGUUCUUGUCGACGAAGAACUUGCGCGAGCAUGAGUAGGCAGCGGCGCCCAGAGCGAAGCCGACGA